AUGACACAUGACUGUGACGUCCUCAUCGUGGGUGCUGGGCCUGUCGGGACAACUCUGGCACUGGAGCUCGCUCUUCACCACGUAUCCUUCCGCAUUGUGGACCAAGCACCAGUGCGAAGCAACAAGAGUCGGGCCCUGGUUGUCCAGCCCCGUACUCUCGAGCUCCUGAACCGGCAUGGAGCAUCCGACGUCCUUGUUCGUCGAGGCCGCAGUAUUCGAGGUGGCGCUGCCUACGUCAAAGGGCAACUUGCAGUCAACCUCGAUUUCGAUGACCUCGGUGUCACUGACACCGAAUUUGUCCUGCCGCUCAACAUAUCCCAAGCCGAGACCGAGUGCUUUCUCGAUGACUGUCUCUCCAAAUACAAUAUCGUUAUCGAGCGGCCCUUCACUGCUACGCAAAUAGUCCAGGACGACAACGGCGUCAACACGACGCUCAAGAGUUCCGACGGGAAGACCAUCUAUGUCCGCUCCAAGUACGUCGUCGGAUGUGAUGGAGCCCACAGUCUCGUCCGCAAGACGGCAAAGACGCUCAAGUUCGAAGGUGCCGCCUAUCCACACGAUUUUCUCCUAUGUGACGUGCACCUACACGACUCCAAUCUCCCACAAGAUCGUGUCUCGCUCUUUCUCAACCCCAAGGGCGUUCUCGCACUCUUCCCUCUGAGCGACAAAACCAUCCGCAUCGUCGCGUCAGGCGACGGAGUUAUCCCCAAGGACCAAGAGGAGCCGACCCUGGAGCAAUUCCAGUCCUACUUCAGUGCCGUCACGCAGCCGGGUUCUGGGACGCUCAGGGAUCCGGUCUGGAUAUCCCGCUUCCGGCUCCAUCACAGAUGUGUCAACCACUACCGCGAAGGCCGUCUUUUUCUCGCCGGCGACGCCGCCCACAUCCACUCACCCGCCGGCGGACAGGGCAUGAACGCGGGCAUGCAGGAUGCCAUCAACCUCGGCUGGAAGCUGGCCCUCGCUCUGAAAUACCUCCGGGACGCGGACGACGCCGGGGGCAAAGAUGCCUCCGCUGCCCGUGCCCGUGCCCGUGCCGACGCCCUCCUAGAUACCUACGAUGCCGAGCGCCGUCCCGUGGGCUACGCCCUUCUCAAGGGGACGGACAGAGUGUUUACCUUUACCUCGAGCACCAAUCCCUUUUUCCAUCUCAUCCGGGACUUUCUUGUGCGCUACAUCUUCCCUUUCGUGGUGCGCAAUAAACAGCGCCGGUUGGGCUUUUAUCAAUUCAUGUCCGAGUUUGGGGUCACCUACAGGGGCUGUAGCCCAAUUGUAGGAACUGCGCAAGGGUUCCGGGGCCCCGUGCAGGGUGGUGAUCGGCUGCCUGACGGCAAGCUUAGGAAGACGACUACGAAGAGUGUUUCGGAGGGUGGUGACGAGGGCGGAAAGGAGACGACGUUGCAUCGGGUGUGUGUGGGCGGUGCGCAUCACUUUAUGAUCUUUGCUGGCUCUGGGGAUGAUGAUGUCUGGGAGGAGAGUAAACUCGUCGCUGCGGGAGAAACUGUCGUGAAAGCUUUCAAGAGCGAUGUGGAGCUGCACUUCAUACAAGCUGAAACAAGCCUGGUUGGAUCGGGUGAUGAGUGGUUUACGGAUCCGGAGGGCAAGCUACACACGCAGUUUGGGUUCACAAGGCCAGCCUACGUCCUCGUAAGGCCCGACGGGUACGUUGCGCAUAUUGGGCCUUUGGCUCAGCUGCAGCAGCUGAUUUCCUUCUUGGAGUAA